GUCGUUGGUGGCAGCAACCGCUCGAACCUUCCUCCUGGUGCGUCAAUCUCGUUGUCUUCUACCGCACAGGAGGUGCAAAACGCGCUCCUCUAUGCGAGUUAUGCGCUUGGUAUCGUGUCUACAGUGCUGCUAGUGUUCUUCCACGUUUUGGCUCUCCAGCGCCCGCCGUGGCUGGGCAACGGGCGUUCUACCAUGGGCUGGCUGACGCCGAACGUAUGGGAGCUUGCCGUCGUGGUGGGCUACAUCCAGCAUGUGAACUCCAUUUCGAUGCUGGAGCUCACGAAGGCCCCUCAAAUCGUGUUGGACUUUACGGACUCGUUCUCCUUCGCGAACAUGCACCUUUCGUCGGUGACUACGACCGCCGUCUCCGAUGCCUCGCGUAGGCUGCAGCUUAUCAUCCUGACGGGCAUUGUGGCGUUUUCGGACCGUAUCGGUAUCGACGAGGACCAGGCGCUGAUGACCGCGUUCUUCUUCUUCCUGGCCGUCGUUGCAGUUGUGGUUGUGCUCUUUGCUAUUGCUGCCGCAUUCUGGCCAACGUCGCUGCGCAACAGCUUUGCAAUGUACGUGAUUGGUUUGGGUGUGGCACUGUGGGUGAUCAGUGUUUUCCCACUCGUGGCAAUGUCUUCGUACGAGUUGGUCAUGGAGCUGCAAUACCGGGUUGGCGUCGCAAUCCCGAUCAACGACGCUUUCCGGUUCAAGCACUUCGCUGUGUGGGGAUCGCUCUACGGCGAGUCGAAGAUGGCUUUCCGCUACUUCUUCGUGGUGACUGUGGGCUGUCAGAUGCUUCUUGGUAUCCUCACUGGCGCUGUGUCAGGCGUCCCGACGCAGUUGGUAUCGCUGAUGGUGACUCAUUUGCUGUUUAUCGUCGUGGUGCUCAUCGUCCGCCCG